AUGGGCCCCUAUAUACCGCCUCCUCAUGCUGCUGCCAGGCCCCUAAUCUGCCAUGGGCCCCUAUACCGCCCUCCUCAUGCUGCUGCCAGGCCCCUAAUCUGCCAUGGGCCCCUAUAUACCGCCUCCUCAUGCUGCUGCCAAGUCCAGAGUCUGUCAUGGGUCCCUGUACGGCCUCCCAUUGCUGCUGUCUCCAUCGCCACACUCUGCCAUGUGCCACUUUCAGGUCUCCUCACACUGCUGGUGUGUUCCAAUUUUUUGAAUAGGGUGCUGGCAGAUUACGGGCCUCCCAUAGCUGCUGCCAGGCCCCUAAUCUGCCAUGGGCCCCUAUAUACCGCCUCCUCAUGCUGCUGCCAAGUCCAGAGUCUGUCAUGGGUCCCUGUACGGCCUCCCAUUGCUGCUGUCUCCAUCGCCACACUCUGCCAUGUGCCACUUUCAGGUCUCCUCACACACUGCUGGUGUGUUUGAAUUUUUUGACAUAGGGUGCUG